AUGCUUAACGCCGUCAUGGAUGCUUUGCAAGGUUUUGGGGUGAGCACCACCCACUACCUGCAAACCAACUACCAGGAUGCUCAGGGGCUGUUCCUCUGGGUGUCAUGGGCAGCGGACCUCAGGAACACCUUCUUCAUCUUCUUCCCAAUUUGGUUUCACCUGCGGGCAUCAGUAGGCAUUAAGCUCAUCUGGGUGGCUGUGAUUGGAGACUGGCUAAACUUGGUGUUCAAAUGGAUUCUAUUUGGGGAAAGGCCUUACUGGUGGGUCCACGAUGCAGCUUAUUAUGCAAACACCAUCCCACCUCACAUCGAGCAGUAUCCCAUGACCUGUGAGACAGGACCAGGCAGUCCAUCGGGCCAUGCCAUGGGAGCGGCUGGAGUCUACUACACCCUGGUGACCUCCAUCCUUGCUAUCAUGAUCACCAAGAAAAGACCCGGGAGCAAGAAAUCCACCAACAAGGACUGGUAUCUGAAGGCGGUGCUGUGGACACUGUUUUGGGGAGUCCAGGUGUGUGUCUGUCUCUCCAGAGUCUUCAUUGCCGCUCACUUUCCCCACCAGGUCAUUGCUGGUGUUAUCACAGGUAUGAUUGUGGCUGAGGCCUUCAACAGAACACAGUGGAUCUACAGUGCCAGCAUGAAGAAGUACUUCUACAUCACUCUCUUCUUGACCUCCUUCGCCGUCGGCUUCUACGUCCUGCUCAAAGCGUUGGGCGUGGACCUGCUGUGGACCUUGGAGAAAGCUCAGAAAUGGUGUGUGAAGCCUGAAUGGGUGCACCUGGACACCACCCCCUUCGCCAGCCUCCUGCGUAACAUGGGCACCCUGUUCGGCCUGGGCCUGGGUCUGCACUCACCCCUGUACACCGAGACCAAGAAGAGUAACAGCAAACUGGUGAAAGCAGGGUGCAUUAUUAGCUCUCUCAUCCUCCUACACCUGUUUGACUCCUUCAAGCCGCCAACGCACACUGCAGCCCUUUUCUACCUGCUGUCUUUCUGUAAAAGCGCCACGGUGCCUUUGGUCGCUGUUAGUAUCAUCCCAUACUGUGUGAACGGAGCUCUGAGCUGGCAGAACAAAAAAAGUUUAUGA